AUGGUGACAGAUACACUUCCCAUUUUGGGGCACCAUGCUUUAGUUUUAUUUGACUCUGGCUCUUCGCAUUCGUUUAUAUCUGCUGUAUUUAUGAGGCAUGCCAUGUUAAACUCAAAACCUUUGCAAUUUUUAUUGUCUAUUUCCACUCCAUCAGGAGAGAUCAUGUUAGCUACAGAAAAGGUAAAAACAUGUCAGGUAGAGGUAGCCAAUCGCGUAUUAGAUGUAACCUUGAUAAUUUUAGAUAUGCAUAAUUUUGAUGUGAUAUUGGACAUGGAUUGGUUAGCUACUAAUCAUGCCAGCAUAGAUUGCUCCUGUAAGGAGGUCAUCUUUAACCCUCCUACAGGAGCCAGUUUUAAGUUUAAAGGGGUUGGGACCGUAGUCCUACCGAAAGUGAUUUCAACAUUGAAGGCCAGUAGACUAUUCGACCAAGGAGCCUGGGGCCUUAUGGCCAGUGUGGUGGACACUAGAGAGAUUAAAGUCACCUUGACUUCGGAGCCAAUAGUGAGGGAUUUUUCAGACGUUUUUCCAGAGGAUCUUCCCGGACUGCCCCCGCAGCGGGAGAUAGAUUUUGCUAUUGAGUUGGAGCCAGACACAACCCCUAUUUCGAAGGCUUCAUAUAGAAUGGCCUCAGCAGAGUUGAAGGAACUGAAGGAUGGAUCGUUACAUCUGUGCAUUGAUUACAGAGAGCUGAACAAGGUGAUCGUCAAGAAUAAGUAUCCCCUUCCCAGGAUUGAUGAUUUAUUUGACCAGUUACAGGGAGCUAUGGUGUUCUUCUUAGGGUAUGUAGUAUCGAAGGAAGGUGUCUCUGUGGAUCCUGCAAAGGUUGAGGCAGUUACGAGUUGGACUCGUCCAACCACAGUCAGUGAUGUGUAUAGUUUCUUGGGGUUAGUAGGCUACUAUAGACGAUUUGACCUCAAGCAGAGGUUGGUUUCAGCCUCAGUUCUUACAGUACCGGAUGGAUCAGGUGGUUUUGUCAUUUACAGUGAUGCAUCCAAGAAAAGGUUGAGAUGUGUAUUGAUGCAGCAGGGCAGAGUAGUUGCUUACGCUUCACGUCAGCUAAAGAAGCAUGAACAGAAUUAUCCCACGCAUGACCUUGAGUUAGCAGUGGUGGUUUUUGCUCUCUAG